UCUGCAGCAGCAUCAGCAGCUCACAGCUGACAGCACUGAGCUCAACUUCACUACUAGCGGACACCGACACGGAGAUCAGCUGAGGACUUUACUCUCUCUCUGCAGACACACGUCUUAAUUGUGAGAAUAUUUCUGCUCCCAGGACGCUCCUCCAGCACCUCCUCUGUUUGCGCACUGUUUCCACCACAAUGAACUUUAUUUAGGACGCGUCCCUCCUGCAGGCGUCCUGAGGCGCAGCCCCGACAUCGCCGUCCACUGGGGGUCCUUGUCUUGUGAUAGAGUUCAGUUUCUCAGCAGAUUCUCGUUCAUCACACUCAGCUCAGCUCCAGGGUCGGAGGGAAGAGGACAAUGGGGGCCGGUGGGGUCUCCCCCCGAGCCCUGCUGUGGCUCCACCUGCUCGGCUUGAUCUCUGUGGCGUCGCCCCUCAACCCGGAUGACCCCAACGUGUGCAGCCACUGGGAGAGCUACGCUGUGACGGUGCAGGAGUCCUACGCUCAUCCCUUUGACCAGGUUUACUACACCCGCUGCACCGACAUCCUCAACUGGUUCAAAUGCACCAGACACAGGAUCAGCUACAAGACAGCGUACAGGAGAGGAGUGAGGACCAUGUACAGGCGACGCUCUCAGUGCUGCCCGGGCUUCUAUGAAAGUGGAAACCUGUGUGUUCCGUUGUGUACUGAAGAGUGCGCCCACGGACGGUGUGUCUCUCCUGAUACCUGCCAGUGUGAGCCUGGCUGGGGAGGACUGGACUGCUCCAGCGGUUGUGAGAGUGACUUCUGGGGGCCCCACUGCAGUAACCGCUGUCAGUGCCGGAACGGGGCCAAAUGUAACCCGAUAACAGGAGCCUGCGUCUGCACCGACGGCUUCCAGGGCUGGCGCUGCGAGGAGCCCUGCGACCCCAACUUCUACGGCAAGGACUGCCUGCUGGAGUGCCAGUGCCUCAACGGCGCCAUCUGCCACCAUCAGACCGGCGAGUGCCUCUGUGCGCCCGGAUACACCGGCGCCUUCUGUGAGGAGCCCUGUCCUCCAGGGAAACAUGGCUCCCUGUGUGAACAGCGCUGUCCCUGUCAGAACGGAGGAACGUGUCAUCACGUCACCGGAGAGUGCUCCUGUCCUGCCGGCUGGGUGGGUCCGGUCUGUGCCCAGCCGUGUCCGUUCGGAUCAUUCGGCAUUAAUUGCUCUCAGGAGUGCACGUGUCGUAACGAGGGCCUGUGUGACCACAUCAGCGGUCAGUGCCAGUGCACGGCAGGCUACAUCGGAGAGAGAUGCCAGGAUGAAUGCCCAGUUGGCAUGUACGGGCCGCAGUGCGCCCACAAGUGUGACUGUCAGAACGGAGCCAAGUGCUACCACAUCAACGGGGCCUGCCUGUGCAACGAGGGCUUCAAGGGUCCCAGCUGCCAGGACCGCUUCUGUCCCAGCGGCCUGUACGGACUCAUCUGUGACAAAUACUGCCCCUGCAAGGCUGCAAACACACUCAGCUGCCACCCUCUGUCAGGAGAGUGCACCUGUACAGCAGGAUGGGCGGGGCUUUACUGUAACGAGACCUGUCCGGCAGGUUACUACGGCGAGGGCUGCAGAGAGCUGUGCGCCUGUGCCAACGGAGCCGACUGUGACGGCGUCACCGGAGCUUGUGUCUGUGCUCCGGGGUACAUCGGUGACGACUGCUCCAUCAGCUGUCCUGCAGGCCUCUACGGGAUCAACUGCACCUCCUCCUGCUCCUGCCACAACGAGAUCUCCUGCUCGCACAUCGAAGGCUCCUGUUUCUGCAGAGAAGGCUGGCAGGGUGUGGACUGCUCCAUCCCAUGCUCCAGUGGUGCUUGGGGACUGGGCUGCAAUCAGACGUGUCAGUGCGCCAACGGGGCGGCCUGCGACCCCGUCAACGGUACCUGCACCUGCUCUCCAGGCUGGAGGGACGAGUACUGCGACGUACCGUGUGCUGAGGGAUGGUACGGACUGGACUGCAGAGAGAGAUGUGACUGUGUCAACGCCGACGGCUGUGAUCCAGUGACGGGCUUCUGUCGCUGUCUUGCAGGUUGGACAGGUGUCCACUGUGACAGUGUGUGUGAGGAGGGACGCUGGGGACCAAACUGCUCCUACAGCUGCACCUGUGAGAACGGAGGCUCCUGCUCCCCAGAGGACGGCACCUGUGUGUGCGCUCCAGGAUACCGCGGCACCAACUGCAGACGAACAUGCUCUCCUGGUUUCUUCGGUCAGCGCUGCAGCCAGUCGUGUCCUCAGUGUGUCCACAGUGACGGGGCGUGUCACCAUGUCACCGGUCACUGUGAAUGUCUCUCUGGAUUCUUCGGCUCGCUCUGUAAUCAAGUGUGUCCCAGUGGAAAGUUCGGUAAAGCCUGUGCUGAGGCGUGUUUGUGCACCAACAACGGCACCUGUAACCCAAUUGACGGCUCCUGUCAGUGCUACCCUGGAUGGAUCGGCGAGGACUGCUCCAAACCGUGUCCUCAGGGCUCGUGGGGUCCAGACUGCAUCCACACAUGUAACUGUCACAACGGAGCUCAGUGCAGCGCCACAGACGGAGAGUGUAACUGCAGCCCUGGAUGGACGGGACUCUACUGUACUCAGCGCUGUCCCACAGGUUUCUACGGCGCCCAGUGUGCUGAAGUGUGUCGCUGUCAGAACGGCGCCGACUGCGACCACAUCAGCGGACAGUGUUCCUGCAGGACGGGCUUCAUCGGACAGAGCUGUGAGCUCAAGUGUCCUGCAGGGACGUUUGGUUACGGCUGCCAGCAGCUGUGUGAGUGCAUGAACAACGCCACCUGUGACUACGUGACGGGAACCUGUUACUGCAGCAUCGGCUUCAAAGGCAUCCGCUGUGACCAGGCGGCUCUGAUGAUGGAGGAGCUGAACCCGUACACUAAGAUCAGCCCGGCGCUGGCAUCAGAGCGCCAGUCUGCUGGCGCCGUCCUGGGCAUCAUCUUCCUGCUGCUGCUCAUCAUGGCCAUGCUCGGCCUGGUCGUCUGGUUCCGCUACCGGCAGAGAGAGAAAGGCCACCACGUGCCGAGCGUCACCUACACGCCCGCCCUGCACAUCAACUCCACAGACUACUCCCUCUCAGCAGGGCUGCAGUGUACAGGCCUGCUCUCCUCUCCAGACUCCUCUCCCAGUAACAGCUCUGUAGGACGCUGCUUCUCCAACCCCAGCUACCGCACUCUGGGGCCGUGCACCUACGCUGCCCACUACGCCAAGCCGGACAAGAGGAGCUCCGCCAAGAUGAAGACGAAGAAGCGCCACAGGAACAGUGCUCCAGAGUGGGGGGCGUACUGUAACCUCAGCGAUCUCGGUGUUUACUGCAUCGACCGGCGCUUCAGUUACCACGUGGAGCCGCACUACAGAGACUACAUGAAGGGCUCGUUGUCCAGCACCUGCUCCCUCAACAGUGAGAACCCGUACGCCACCAUCAACGACGCACCUGCUGUGUGUAAACACUCAGAGAGCAGCUAUGUGGAGAUGAAGUCGCCAGCUCACCAUGAACACAUGACACACUGUUGCUCUGCCGCCGCUGCCAUCAUCACCACUACGACCACCACCACUGCACCCGCCAAGAACGUCUACGACAUGGAACCGACCAUCAGCAUCGUCCAGGGAGCCGGCAGCAUGGUGGUUCCCAGUUACCCUCAGAACCCGUACGACCUGCCGAGGAACAGCCACAUCCCGAGUCACUACGACCUGCUUCCCGUGCGCCCGAGCCCCUCCCACAGCCACAGCCUCACCCUGCACAGCCACAGCCCCCCGCUGCCCGGCAGCCCCACCAGCUCGCUGCUCUAGACCUCCACCCCCCCACCCCCCCACAGCACCCAGACUGGACACUGGACCAGUGCUCCCAGUUCAUCCAGAGCCAGGAACUGUGAACUGGGAUAGGACAUGGUGGAAAGAGUUGGUGUGUGUGUGUGUGAAUCUCCUCCCUGCAGCGCUCCGACCGCUGCUCUGCUGUUUGAUAAUUUAUCACUGUAUUAUAUCCAAACUGUUUCUGUGCCGAUCAAUACUACAUAUUUGUGUUGUAUUGUAAAUUCCCCCUCAUCAAGAAAAUGCCAACGGAGGGAAUAUACACGUACGUAUGCACACAAGUAUACCUUUUCUCUGGUAUGCUGAUCUCUUGGGAAGUCGAGGACGAUCGGUAAAGAAAAUAAGUUACUGUAAAUGUUUCUGGGUACGACUGUUGAACUGAAAAAUAAACGUGCGUGCCAAAGACGAGACUGAGGCCCACGUCACACCUGGACUGAGUGGAUCCACCACACCUGUACAAUGAAGCAGCAUCACACGGGCAUUAUUUUCUGUGGAGAAAAGGUGCUCAUUACUCCGAUAUUCUCCCAAAAACAAGGACCUAAAAAUAUGUAAAGAAAUGCACACAAACUGCAGUCUGGUCAGAUCUACACGACCUGUACAGUUCUGGUAUUUUUACACAUCGUUUCUUAUUUCCUGUUUACAUAUUUAAAGAUCCUGAUGAGGAUCCAUAUUUUCUCUCUGGAAAGUUCUCUUUUUGUAUGUACUGUAGACGGAGUGGUGUAUCGGCUGUACACUUACUGUACACUAGUGAUUAUUAUUGUGAUUUUCUUUUGUUGUGUCGAGCUUAAUACACAUGCAUGCCAAAGAUUAUUCAAGAUGUAAUAUUUAGACAGGAAAACCCUGAUUACGUUCUGUUGGUGCGAACUGAUUAUCGUCAUCUGGCUGUGUCAACAUGGGAAUCACUCCGAUCUCAAACACGCACUGCAGGGCUGCAACCAACAUUUAUUACUGAUUCAUCUUCUGAUUAUUUCUUCAAUUAACUGAUUAAUUUUUUGGCAAAUUCGAUGUCAUGAAAAAGUGAAAAAUGUCCAUCUCAGUUUCAGUGAGCAUACUGAGAUACUGAGUUAGUAUCACAUGGUGAGAAGAGAGGCAGCAAAUUAUAACAGAUUUUUUGCCGAAAUUGUUUAUUGUUUAUCAAAAUUGUUGCCAUAAAUUGAGUAAUUGCAUCAGCUCUAAACCUCUUCCUAACAUACAAUGUGCAAACAAACUCUUGUCCAAAUAUACUGCCAGUGAAAACAACACUCAGAGAGUCUCAUGAGUCCCGAUCGAGCCUGAAGCACCGGCUCGCUGCUUCUCUGAAAUAAGACUGGAGAUGCACAUAUUUUUGCAAAACAUGAUGAAGUUUUGCAAAAAUAGAGCCAGGGCAGUUUUUGAAGCAAGCGACACAUUGCUCAGCCUGUUACCUGAUGCACACUGAAACAAUCUGAUAGUCACUAGCUCGUAUUGCAUCUUGUUAAGAAAAGGUGAGAGGGUACGGUCACACAUGAGCAAAAUAAACACUGGCGAAUAUUCAUCUCUCGUCGACUUUCAUUCAGUGCAGGGGGGGGCAGCUAAUGUUGGAUUCAGACUACGUAAUGUCAGCCUGAUUAUAGCCCCACGUGGACGAGUGUUGUGCAUAAUAACCAACCGGGAAGCCGGUGUUCACUUCCUGUAAAAUUGACUUUUUUUCCUAAUCCCAUUACAACCACAAAAGAAUGUCAAUUUGCAGUGUUGUACCGACGUAGUGCUUUUAUUUUGAAAGAGACUGUAUCAAACUGUACAUUUCCUGUGAAAACAUAAGUGUAUUUUGAAAACAGACAAUGCAUGUAACAGGCUGAAGUUGACACGGCGUCCCAACAAUCAACACACCCAGGGUACCUUGGACGUCAUAUCUCAAUUUAUGACCACAUGUGACCACAUGUGGACAUGUGACGAGGUCAGAGUGAGAGCGUGUUGUUCUCUCAUGUGUGACUGAACCCAAAUGCAGGGCUGUAUUUGUUACAGAGGUCAAAAGUGGAAGCACUUCUUAUAAAAGGUCGAUGAUGUCAGUGACGUCACAGAAUCACCAGAUUUUUGUUCCCGAACAAACACAAUCAAAACAUGUUUCUAAUCUUCUGGUAACUGUUUCCAACAUGACAUAAAACAGAGCCGUGAUGAAUAAAAUCCUGCCGAACUUUUCAGUGACACACAGAGGUCAGAUUUGUUCAAACUGCUGAUAAAGAUUCGUUGGCAAAUAGCAAUAACAGGACAUGUUGACAAUCAGAUGUAAACAGCUUUGUUUUCACAUGUAUUUGUUUUCCUGCUUUUGUUCCAUCGGCUCUGACUUUAUCUCGCUCGUACGUCUUUUCCUUCAACUCUGACCCAGAUAAUAGUUUCAGCUACAGUAGAUGUAUCCAGUGCUGCUUGUUGGUCUUUUUGU